UCCGGGAUAUAAAAAUCCGGGAUGAGCAAAAUCCGGGAAGACAAAAAUCCGGGAUACGAAAAUCCGGGAUGACAAAAAUCCGGGAAGAAAAAAAUCCGGGAUACGAAAAUCCGGGAUUAUUUUAAAAAACCUCAGGAAAAGGGAAGAGGAGGAGCAGGAAUUUUGGGAAUGGCGAGGAUCGGGAUUUUGUAAUUCCGUGGGAGGUUGGGAUUUGGGGCUCUGCCCCCGAUGUGGGAGGGAAAAAUGGGAGGGAAAAAUUCCAGCCUCGGGAAGAGCGAGAAUUCCCAGAUUUCCGAGCCUGCCGGAGAUUGUUCCAGCCGGGAAUUCGCUCCCUGCCAGGCCAUGUCCGUGCCGGGAAUUCUGGGAUCGCUGCUCCAAGAAGAGGAAAAAUUCUCCUCGUGCCUGGCACGGCUCGACGCCCUCAUCCUCAAACCUCUGCUCCAGGCAGAACCCAACGAUCCGAAGGAAAAGGAGAAUUUCCAGCUCCUGGUGCUGCUCAACGAUCGCUUCCAAGCCCUCUGGAAUUUCACGGAGGAGAAUUCCCGGAUCCUGAGGGGCUCCGAGUCCGGCUGCAUCCAGGAUUUUUACAUCCUCUGGAAAGGAGAUCUCUUCCUCAGCCUCUCCAUCCAGUAUUUCGUCACCUUCGCCAACUUUGUGGUGGUUCAAGGAUUUGAGCGGGCGGCCGGGAACAAGAGCGAGGCCUGGAAGCGGCACAAGGCGGUGCUGAAGGAAUUCCUGCGGGAUUUCAGCUCCGAGCGCUCCCUGGCUCCGGCCCUGCACUCGGAGCUCCUCAAACCUUUCCGGGAGCACGGCCAGAGCUGCCUCCGGCUCCUCCGGCAGCUCCGGGAGCAGCUCCAGGAGGGCCCCGAGCGGGACGCGGCCGGAGCCGUGGAGCGGGAAUUUGGGAAGUUGGAAUCCUUCGUCAGCCAGGUCCUGGAUGAAGCCGCCCGCACCAAGGAGCUCUGGAAUUCCCUGGGAUGUAAAUUCACCGACGUGCUGCGCGUUCCCGAGCGGAGGCUCCUGGAGGACAGCAGGAACCUUCCCAUCGCUUCCGGCGGCUCCCGCUCCGAGCGCCUCCUGCUCUUCGACGACGUCCUGGUGCUGAUCCAGGGAAACAGCUUCCAGAGUUUUGAUCUGAAGUUGGUGUGGGUGGAUGAAAACUGCGGAGAGAAAUUGGCUCCGGGAUCGCACGGCCUGCGCGUCACCACCCCGGAGGAGACCUUCGUCCUCUCCACCAAGGACCCCCAGACCAAGGCCGUGUGGCGCUGGAAGCUGGAGCAGGCCGUGCGCCAGGCGCUCAACGGGAAGCGCGAUUUCCCGCUCUGGGGCGGCAGCGGCGACGGCGCCGAGGCUCCUUCCCGAAGAUUCUUCAGCUACGGAUUCCGCAGGGACGGCCGGCUCCGAGGGGCCACCUACGAGGGGGAGUGGCUGGAGGGGAAACCCCACGGCAAGGGGACGCUGAAGUGGAGCGACGGCCGCAACCACGUGGGCGAUUUCCGGGACGGCCGGGAGCACGGGUUCGGGAUCCGUCUGGUCCCGCGGCGCUCCGAGGAUCGCUACGACUGCUACAAGUGCCACUGGCAGCAGGGCAGGAUGAGCGGCUACGGAAUCUGUGAGUACGGGGACGGCCAGGUCUACAAGGGUUACUUCAAGGAUGACAAGCGCCACGGAUUCGGGAUCCUGGAGAAUUCCUCGGCUCAGAAUCCCUUCAAAUACACCGGCCACUGGGAAAAGGACAAAAAGAGCGGAUACGGGGUCUGGGAGGACAAGGAGAGAGGGGAGCGGUACCUCGGGAUGUGGUGGGAUGACCGCAGGCACGGAGACGGAAUCGUGGUGACGCACUCGGGGCUCUGCUACCAGAGGAGGUUCCAGGCGGAUAAAAUGGUGGGCUCGGGAAUUCUGUUCCUGGAGGACGGAUCCGUCUACGAAGGGAAUUUCACGGAAGAUCUGACAUUUGUGGGAAAGGGCCGGCUCUCCCUGGCUGAUGGCUCCGGGCAGGCAACGCCGCAGCUGGGCCUGAAGGAAUUCCCGGUGGAGAAGAGAUGGGCGGGAAUCUUCCAGCAAUUCCAGGAAUUUCUCCAUUCCGGCUGCAAGGAGGAAACCGAGGAAUUUUUCACGGGAUUCAACAUCCAAACGGGCAAGGAGCUGAGGAAAUCCCGGGAAUUCCUGUGCGGCCAGGGAGGCGCCGAGGAGCUCUCCUGGAGAAACGGGAAUUUCCCGGAGGAGCUGGGCCGGGAGCCGGAGGCGCUCCGGAGAUUCCUGGAGAAGGCUCUGCGCUGUCCCCGGCACCCCCUGGGGAAGCUGCUCCGGGCUCUGGGCUCCGCAUUCCAGGCCUCGUAUUCCGGGCCCGGCUCCAGCCGGCUCCUGCUGGGAAUGGCGCAGGCCGAGGUGCAGCUCUACGCCCGGAAAAUCUGGGAAUUCGCCCGAGCUUUUCUCCGGCUGCCCUCGGACGACGCCGAUCCCAGGGGCUCGGGGCCGGUGCUGCCGCUGAUCCUGUCCAGGUUUUACCCGGAGCUGUCGGUGCUGUACCUGCUCCAGCACCAGCGGCAGGAUGAGCUCUACAGCCGGGGAAUCCAACAGCUCGGACAAUUCCCGGAUUCCCAGCUCCUGGAAUUCCUGGGAGUGCACAAGCACCUUUGGCCUCUCCAGGAUCCGAUCCCGAGCCGGAGCCAGGAUUUUCGCUGCUUCCGGGCGGCCACCGAGCGGCUCCAGAGGCUCCUCACCACGGUGGAUCCCAAGGAAAAGCUGGAAUUCCUGUGCGGCGCCUGCCGGGCUCUGGCGGCUCCGGGCUCGCGGCUCCCGAUGGACGAACUCCUGCCCCUGCUGCUCUUCACCGUGGCCAGAGCCAGGAUCCAGCACCUGGGAGCGGAACUCCACCUGAUCCGGGAUUUCAUGGAUCCAUCCCAGCAGGGCGGAAUGUCGGAUUUCCUCCUCACGGCGCUCGAGUCGUGCUACGAACACAUCCAAAGGAUCCGGAUUCAUCCCAAAGAAAAUUCCCACAGUUCCUGAUCCCUUGGGAAAAUCUUCUUCAUCCCGAAUUUUCCCGCUGGAAAAAUCGGGAAUUUCAUCCCUGGCUGCUUUUAAGGGAAGGAAUUCCUCCCCAGCUGAGGUUUUCCCAUCCCAAAAAUCACUGGAAAAGCUGGAAUUCCCAUCUUGAUCCCAUUUUCCCAUGAAGAAUUCCCGGGAAAAUUUCCUUUUCCUGCUCUGGGAUUUUUGAUUUUUAAUUUACACUGGAGAAUUCCCAGAAAAAAAAAAAGGAAUUUUUUUUUUUGGGAUUUCCUGGGAUGGGAAAUGGAUUCUAAAGCUCUGAAAAAUUCCUGGAAUGAGGGAAAAAAAUGUGGAAAAAUUUUCUAUUUUUCCGCUUUUCCUGAGUCAGGAUUUUUGGAAUUUCCCAUUCCCAAAAUUCCCGAUUUUCCCGUGGUUUUAUUCCUUCUCGGAGCUCAGGAAAAAUGUGGAUUUCUCCCAGAUUUUGGGGAAAUUCCGGGAAAAUGGGAAUAGAAACUCCAAUCCCUGCCCUGAAUCCCUUUGGAAAAGGAAAAUUUGGGAUAUUCCCAAUGAAUCUUUGGGAUUUUCCCAAAACAGCCCCAAAAUUCACUUUUUUUAAACGUUUUUUAUCCCAAUUUUUUCAUUUUUCCAGGGAUUUUGUUUUCCUUUUCCAGGCGAUUCCAGGGAAAACAAAAUUCCCAGGAUUUUUCCUGCUGUUUUUCCCAAGUUUUCCUCAUUUUUUAAAUCAUUGAGAUUUUUGGGAAGGAAACUUGGAAUCCAAAGCUUUAAAGAAAUGGGGAUUUUUUUAAAAUUUUUCCCAGAUUUUUUUAAUUUUUCCCCGAAUUUUUUAAUUUUUCCCAAAAUUUUUUAAUUUUCCCUGGAUUUUUUUUUCAUUUUUCCCAAAAUUUUUUAAUUUUCCCUGGAUUUUUUUUUCAUUUUCCCAAGGGAUUUUUGUAAUUUUUCCUGAAUUUUUCUUAUUUUUCCAAGGGUUUUUUUAUUUUUCCAGGAUUUUUUCCAUUUUUCCCAGAA